UGGGGAGCCGCAGCCGCCUCUGCUGCUGCCACUCCCGCUCUCUUUGCGCCUUCGCCACCGCCACUGCCAUCGCCACCAGCUGAGUCUGCAGCUCCGAGGAGAUCCCAGCCAUCAUGUCCAUAGAGAAGAUCUGGGCUCGGGAGAUCCUGGACUCCCGUGGGAAUCCCACUGUGGAAGUGGAUCUGCAUACUGCCAAAGGUCUUUUCCGGGCUGCAGUCCCCAGUGGAGCCUCCACUGGCAUCUAUGAGGCUCUGGAGUUGAGGGAUGGGGACAAACAGCGUUAUUUAGGCAAAGGUGUCCUGAAGGCAGUGGAUCACAUCAACACCACCAUUGCACCAGCUCUCAUCAGCUCAGGUCUCUCUGUGGUGGAGCAAGAGAAACUGGACAACCUGAUGCUGGAGUUGGAUGGGACUGAGAACAAAUCCAAGUUUGGGGCCAAUGCCAUCCUGGGUGUGUCCUUGGCCAUUUGUAAGGCAGGGGCAGCUGAGAGGGAAUUGCCCCUGUAUCGUCAUAUUGCUCAACUGGCUGGGAACUCAGACCUCAUCCUGCCUGUGCCGGCCUUCAAUGUGAUCAAUGGUGGCUCUCAUGCUGGAAACAAGCUGGCCAUGCAGGAGUUCAUGAUCCUCCCAGUGGGUGCUGAGAGCUUUCGGGAUGCCAUGCGCCUUGGGGCAGAAGUCUACCAUACCCUUAAGGGGGUCAUCAAGGACAAGUAUGGCAAGGAUGCCACAAAUGUGGGUGAUGAAGGUGGUUUUGCCCCCAAUAUCCUGGAAAACAGUGAAGCCUUGGAGCUGGUGAAGGAAGCCAUCGACAAGGCUGGCUACACAGAAAAGAUUGUCAUUGGCAUGGAUGUUGCUGCCUCAGAGUUUUAUAGAGAUGGCAAAUAUGACUUGGACUUCAAGUCUCCAGCUGAUCCUUCCAGAUACAUCACUGGGGACCAGCUGGGGGCACUCUACCAAGACUUUGUCAGGGACUAUCCUGUGGUCUCCAUUGAGGAUCCAUUUGACCAGGAUGAUUGGGCAGCCUGGUCCAAGUUCACAGCCAAUGUAGGGAUCCAGAUUGUGGGUGAUGACCUGACAGUGACCAACCCAAAGCGUAUUGAGCGGGCGGUAGAAGAAAAGGCUUGCAACUGUCUGCUGCUGAAGGUCAACCAGAUCGGCUCAGUCACUGAAGCCAUCCAAGCGUGCAAGCUGGCCCAGGAGAAUGGCUGGGGGGUCAUGGUGAGUCAUCGCUCAGGAGAGACUGAGGACACAUUCAUUGCUGACCUGGUGGUGGGGCUGUGCACAGGCCAGAUCAAGACUGGUGCCCCAUGCCGAUCUGAGCGUCUGGCUAAGUACAACCAGCUCAUGAGAAUUGAAGAAGAGCUGGGGGACGAAGCUCGCUUCGCUGGACACAAUUUCCGCAAUCCCAGUGUGCUGUGAUCCCUUUACUUGCCUGGAGACUUGGACCCUCUGUCCCAUCCUCCUGGAACCUCCUUCUUGCUAUCCUGACCUGUGAUAGUUCACCCUGAUACCCUGAGCCCCAGGGCACUCAGAAGUCCCCUGAUUAGCCUGCUCCAGAUGCCCGUCAGCUUCCCUGCUCCUUUGCUGUUUCUGUUCUCCCUCCUAUGGGCUCCAUUCUUUGGAGUACUAUACUUUCCACUCUUCAUUUCUAUUAUUUUCCCUCAUAAACUGGAAAUGAGAAUGAGGACUUUAAGGGGGUCCAUGAAAGAAUGAUUAGUGUCUGUGACAGGAACUUCAGGGUUGGUGUGUUGAGGUGUUUAGAGGGGGGCCAUGUGUCACUUAUGCUUUGCUCUGUUCUGUGUUUUUUCCAUGUUGCAUAUGAGCCAUGAACUGGGCAUAGUGCUGAGCAGUAGGGAGUGCUGAGUGUGUGGCUGUACCCAGCCAAAGCUUAGUGUAUUUGUUUAUUUGUUUAUUUAUUUUUAAUUCACCUAUUAAUAAUUUCCUUGAAACUCUCAGGCCUAAAUCUGGCCUGACUUCACAGAACUAUGCACCUGUAUUUCAUGUGGCUAUAGAUAUGAUAAUGAUCUGGGGUGGGAGGUCAUGCUAGAAUGGGAAGGUAACAGAAAAGGGCCUUAAUAUCAGUUAUGUUGUGUUUACUGACUGAAGCCUGGGUUGGUCCAGAGUGGGGCUUUGUGCCUGGGGGGACUCUUCCCCUAAAAAUCUCUCUCCAGCCCUGCGUUCCCUGUUCUUCCUCCAGCUGCACCAGAGUGCCGUCUCACUUCCCUGUGCUGUUCCACACUUGCCACUACCUCUGUGGCUUGAAAUGAGCACCAUCAUUAAAGUCUGAAUCACACUGCA